AUGUCCUUUGGUAGCGGCUUUGGCAGCGGCGGCUUCGGCCAGUCGAAUACCCAAUCAUCUACAUUUGGCGGCUUCGGUUCCAACACCGGUUCCACACCAGCGUUCGGCUCGAGCAGCACCACUGGUGCCUUCGGCUCCAAUACAAACACGAAUGCCAGCGGCGGUGGCCUUUUUGGCACCUCGGGAAGCGGCUUCGGAUCUGGAGGAACCUUCGGCUCGAAUACCACCAGUGCCUUUGGUAGCAAGCCUGCGUUCGGGUCCUCGACAACAACCCCAGGCGGCGGCCUCUUUGGCGCCUCGAAUACAAAUACUGGAACCAGCACGUUUGGUGGCUUCGGCUCCAGCAGUACACCGACUACCACCGCCACAUCUACCUUCGGCUCCGGAGGUGGGAGCCUCUUUGGCGCCUCUAAACCUGCUUUUGGAGCAGGCACGACCACCACAGGAGGAUCUCUCUUUGGCGGUGGCACCACGACGGGUGGCUUCGGCGCUGCCAACAACCCAGGAAUCGGCUCGAACGUCGGUGAUCCUCCUGGAACUGCAGGCACACCCUUCCAGCCGUAUGUGGAACGGGAUGGGACCUCGUCUUCGUCCACCCAGAAUUCCUUCCAAAACAUUUUAUUUCAAGAUCCUUACAAGAAAUGGUCUGCCGAGGAGUUGCGCUUAGCCGACUACGCGCAAGGUCGCCGUCAUGGCAAUGCAACUGGAGCGGGUGCAUUUGGGGUCAGCUCUGGUUUUGGUUCUGGGACCACCACAUUCGGUGCCACCCAGCAGCCAUCUGGUUUUGGCUCGACGACCGGUGGAGGCGGUCUUUUCGGCUCGGGAGGUACCACCCAGUCUACCGGAUUUGGCGCCCAGAGCACCACCGGGACUUCAGGGUUCGGAUCCGGCGGCGGUCUCUUUGGCCAAUCUAAGCCGGCAGCUACUGGCGGUGGUCUUUUCGGUGCAGCAGCUACUUCCCAACCAGCACAAACGGGCGGUCUCUUUGGUGCCACUACCGGCGGUAGUACCUUCGGAACCGGGGGAACAACAACCGGCGGCUUCGGCUCUGGUGCUACCACUACUGGUUCUGGUCUGUUCGGCGGCGGUGCCACUCAAAACAAAGGGUUCAGUUUUGGAAGUACUGCAGGUACAACCGGCACUGGAUUCGGUGGUGCCGCCACUACCGGCACCGGCUUUGGCGCUGGCGCUGGUACGGGCGCCACCCAAACCGGCGGACUUUUUGGUACGGCCGCCCAGCCCACGGGAACCACAGGCGGCCUUUUCGGCGGGGGCGCGGCUCAACCAAGCACAGGGGGUGCUUUUGGAUCAGGCGGAUUUGGCGCGCAAGCCCAACAGAAGCCUGGUGGCUUGUUCGGUGCCGCCACCACCACCCCAGCCCAAGGAACGUCGCUCUUCGGAGGCGCCGGCGCUACGACCAGUGCAUUUGGACAACCCACUGCUACAGCCCCAGCAGGUGGCGGCCUCUUCGGAGCCAAACCGGCGACCGGCACCACGGGAGGAGGCCUUUUCGGCGCCACUAGCACUGCACAACCCUCUGGAACGGGCACGGGCUUGUUCGGUGGCCUCGGCACAACAACCCAGCCUCAGCAGGCUGGUCAGACUUCGUUGUUCCCCUCUCUAGGCCAGACCCAGGCGAAACCUUCCAUCUUUGGCGGCACCGCCCAGCAACCCACUGGCGGUCUCUUUGGCCAACCCCAACAACAAACCUCGGUAUUUGGAACUGCUGCCGCCCAACAGCAACAACAGCAGCAGCAAGCUCAGCCUUCCAUCUUCGGGGGCUCGAUUCUUGGCGGCACGCAAGGCCCGAGCACGACGCCCCAAUCCCUCACGGCUAACAUCACUGACAUUUCGGCUUAUGGUACGCCGUCCUUGUUCUCCUCCCAGGGCGCCUCCGAGGCGGUCAACCCUGGUCCCUUGGCUACGCCACUCUCGUCCAAGACGAAGCCGAGGAGGGGUUCUGUCCUUCCCAUGUACAAGCUGAACCCAGCAUCUGCUCGAUAUGUCACGCCCCAAAAGAGGGGUUUCGGGUUCUCAUACAGCACCUAUGGCACCCCUGGAAGCGCUACAAGCACAUCCAGCACCCCUGGUGGCCUAGGCAGGAGUUUGCUCGGGGCUAGCCUUGGCAGGGGCCUUAACAAGAGCGUGUCGACCAGCAGUCUUCGACGAAGCUUUAAUGCUGAGGACAGCAUUCUCGCCCCUGGCGCAUUCUCUGCUAGCGGCGGCCCGAGAUUUUACGGCAACACUGGCAGCGCCAAGAAGCUCAUUAUUAACAAAGACAUGAGGAGCGAUCUUUUUGCGACUCCAACCAAGGACAGACCCUUGCUGGAGGUUGGUAAUGGAUCUCGCAAGCUCUCAAAGCGCGUAAGCUUUGAUACGAGCACGGCGGAGAACACCGAAGAUGGCGAGCAGGCCAGAACCCCGACGCCGACGAGCAACGGUACCCUUAUUUUGCGAGAAGUUGACAACGACCACACCCCUGUUAACGGAUCCAAGGUCGCCCCGAACCAUCCCAUUCCAGAAAUGGAACAGGUCUCCGCGAAGGAGUUGACCAUCGUCCAUGAAGAGCCUCAGCCCGACGUCCAGGUGGCCAAAAGUGCUGGUAUUGACCAGGCCCCGGGCGCCUACUGGAUGCGUCCUUCCAAAGAAGACAUCCUAAACAUGAACAGGAUGCAACGCCAGAAGGUGGCUGGCUUCACCGUUGGGCGUCACAACGUCGGCCAGAUUGCAUUUAAAGUUCCAGUCGACUUGAGCAACAUCGAUCUCGAUGAGCUGUUUGGGGGCAUCAUUGUUCUAGAAACCCGUUCCGCGACCGUGUACCCCGUUGCAGCCAAGAAGCCACCUGUCGGCAAGGGCCUAAACGUACCUGCGCAAAUCUCUCUUGAGCAGUCAUGGCCUCGUGGCCGCGAUAAGCGCCUCACAACAGACGCAAAGAAGUUUGCAAAGCACAUCGAGCGGCUCAAGCGGAUCGAAGACACCACGUUUGAGAGCUACGACAAGGACACUGGAAUCUGGACGUUCUCCGUGGAGCAUUUCACUACCUACGGGCUCGAUUAUGAUGACGAGUCCGAUGGCGAGUCCGCCGCCGUCGACGCGGGUGCAAACGCCCCCCUCGACCCCCACGACCAGGAACACUCGCCUGCAUUGGGAUCAGACGUCGACGAUACCUUUGACUUCAGGAGGAACCCCCGCUUGGUUCCUGGUGCAUUUAACCCUACUCCUGGGCGUUUUGGUGUCAAUGAGGAUGUGACUACUGGCUCUGCCAGCGAGCCGUCUUUUUUAGGGGAUAGCUCCGCGGGUUUGGCGCCACAACAACUGACGCUGUCGGUAGAACAGCCUCAGGUUGGCGACGAAUAUGACACGUCUGAAAACGAGGACAUGACGGGCACCUCUUUCAGACGUCAUCCAGCCGCGGAGCAAGACCAGUACUCGCCUGGUGAUGAUGACGAUGAUGAUGCAAUGCAAGUUAAUGAAACGCCUGGCGGCAUUCUUAGGGCAAGGAUGCGAGCCAUCAAAGAUUCGGCGGCACCUGUCAAGGUGCAAGUAGCGGAUGGUGAUGAUUGGAUGGACAUGUUGCAGAAGACGGUUAGUCCACAAAAGAGGGAUCGGGCUCUGCUAAAGAGUCUGCGGGAUUCCGUGAUGCAGCUGCCCCCCGAGUCACCCACCACUGCGGUGAUGGAGAAACGAUCGCUUCCGCAGGUGGCAUCUGAUGGCCGAGGCUUUGCUACAAGCAUCGACCUCAUGAAUUCGCUGUUUGAAAGAAGCAAGGCGCCGCGCCAAGUUGAACGUGAAAAGGCACCUUCGCGAGGGUUUCUUCAGUGGCCCUACGAACGACAAGCAAAGGUUGUACAACCCUCAGAUGAGGCAGCUAAAAUUUCCCGGCCUCGAUGGGGUCCCGAUGGAACUCUUAUUUUGCCAGCGCUUUCACCGUCAGCUAUUGCACAAAAUCGUCUCGGUCAAGAGCCAGGAGACGUGCUUGUAUUGCAGAAGCGGCGCCUCGAAGAGGAGACGCCUGGAGUGGUGAUGGCAAAGUUUGCAAACGAGCUUUCGGCUUCCGCGCUUCAUACACAGGUGCGCCAGACUAAAUUCGGCAUAUCCGACGGCAUUCCCAAGGCAUCGCUAAGCGCGACAAAAGUCUCUUCCGCCUUCCAGGAGCGGAAUACAACCGACCCUAGCACGCGACAUGAGAAGCUUGUGUGGGAACUUGCAAGCAUCCUUUUCGACGACCUACCCGAGGGUACCAACGAACCCGAGCAUCUUUCUCGCAAGGUCGAACUGAGCCGAUUCUGGAAAGACCUGGUCGCCGACGCUUCUUCUCGAUCGAUUGGGCUCGCGAAGUCAAACGAGGAGAAAGCGGUGGCGUCCCUCGCUGGCAACCGCGUGCAAGAGGCGUGCAAGUAUCUCAUCCAAGGGAAGGAUUUCCAUCUUGCAACUCUAGUCGCCCUCAUCGGGACCAGUGUCUCGUCAAAGAAGAUUAUGAAGGAGCAGCUCCAAGAAUGGUAUGAUGCCAACAUGCUCUCGGAAUUCGCCCAACCUAUUCGGGCAAUGUACGAGAUGCUUGCAGGCAAUGUUUGCGUGUGCGAAGGAAAGAAGGGUGUCCCGGUCGAGGAUCGUCUCGACUCAUUUGUUAUUUCGGAAGAGUUCCAACUCGAUUGGAAGCAGGCCUUUGGCCUUCGGCUGUGGUACGCCAUUGCGCCACAAGACGAUAUUUCCGUCGCCGUGAAGCUUUUCAAGGAGGACGUCGAACAACUUCGGGAGAUGCCGCCUCUCCCAUGGUUCGCAGAACAGGCGAUCGAGCCGCUCUGGAAGGACCCGAAUUCGAAGGACCGCCAAGAUUUGCUCUGGGGUCUGCUCCGCCUCUACUCAGAUAAGACGGAGACACUAGAUGCCGUGCUCCAGCCCGAGAAUUCCCAACUAUCUCCGCUUGAUGUCCGGCUCUCCUGGCAGCUUGGACAAGCCCUAUUAUCAACCAACAAAGUCCACUACGGUGACGGGUCCAAUGAGAAGAGCGAUGCUAUGACGCUCUCGUUCGCUUCCCAGCUAGUUAAUGAAGGAAGCUGGCUCGAAGCCACGUUUGUGCUCCUUCACCUCGAGGACCCGAAGACAAGGGAAAAGGCCAUCCGUGAUCACUUGUGCCGACACGCGAGUCUUUUGGGUCCCGAGACCGGCGACAAUGUUGUUACUCUUACGCAGACUUUCAAGAUUCCAGCUGCUUGGAUCUGGGAGGCGCAGGCUCUCUACAUGCGCAGCGUUGAGGGUGACGCAGUGGCGGAAGUGCAAUGUCUCAUUCGCGCCGGCCUAUUCAGCGAAGCCCAUCGACGGCUCAUCGAACAGGUCGCUCCGCAGGCCAUCAUCGAGCGCGACUACCAAGGCCUGUCAGAUAUUCUCUCCAAGUUUGAGGGUAAAGAAGACCACGUCGCCGAGUGGAUUCAUGGUGGUGAGGUUUAUCAGGAUUUCCUUGUAUUGAUGCGCCACCAAUUCCAGCGCAGCAAGGUCCCAACCCAGCUUCUCCAGAAGUUGAUUAGUAGCCUUCCGGGGCUCCAGAACAACCACGUGUCUAGUACGCACAACGACGCGGCGGUGGCGGAGAUGAGUAGCAUUGUCGCCAGAGUCAUUUCUGAUUCUACGGAUAAGGAGCAGAAGCCACUUCUUCCUAAAGUUCUUGCGCUGCCCCUCACGGAAGACAGCCACCUGUCUCACUCUGGUCUUCCGCGGUCAGGAACACCGCCAAGUUGGCCGCGUGCGCCCAAGCGGCGUAGAAUAGCUGGCGUGGGCAAGGUCGUGGCCGUAUCAUCCGCCAAAGGAGGAGUUGGCAAGAGCACAACGGCAGAUAACCAACUCAUCCCAUUGACGAACUACGGUGUCAAGACCAUGUCUAUGGGUUACCUCGUCGGUGAAGAUGCCCCCGUCGUAUGGCGCGGUCCGAUGGUCAUGAAAGCUAUCCAGCAGCUUCUCCACGAGGUAGAUUGGGGCGGCAUCGAUGUGUUGGUUCUAGAUCUACCGCCUGGGACGGGCGAUACUCAACUCACCAUCUCCCAGCAGGUCAUCCUUGAUGGCUCCAUAAUAAUAACCACCCCACACACCCUCGCCGUGAAAGACGCCAUCAAAGGAAUAAACAUGUUCCGCAGCCUCAAGGUUCCCAUCCUCGGCCUCAUUCAAAACAUGUCCCUCUACACCUGUCCGCAUUGCUCCUCGUCUCACCACGUCUUCGGCGCCGCCGAUCGCGCCCUUACCAUCUGCAAGGACCAGGACAUCGAGUUCCUUGGAGACGUGCCGCUGGAUGCGAGCAUAGGGGAUUCGGUCGAGCAGGGGAAGCCGAUUGUGGUGUCGGAGCCGGAGGGGAAGGUUGCGGGGAUAUAUAUGGAUUUUGCGAAGAGGGUUGCGGAUAAGAUUGAGUUAGCUUGA